UGUAGGUUGCGAAUUUAGACGUUCAAAGAAAACCGGUUGUGAGUUGUGCACUGCUUCAUCGUUAAAAGUGCUUACAUAAAAUAUAAGUAGGUUCAGGUGCUUCAGACGAGUAGAUAACAUGUUCUUAUCAUUGUAAUAGUCAGUCCGUGCUCGUAUGCAGAAUGUUGUUAAGAAUUCAAACAGUGAUUGUAUUGUGGUUGUAUAGGUGAGACGGAGAAUUUUUUUUUUUUAGCCGAAUCUAUGCAUAAUUUCUUGAACGAGAAGUUGAGUAAAAGACUGUGUGCAUUCGCUGAAAUUCAUUCGGUAGUGAAAAAUGAUUGUUCGGAUGACGUUAAUUUGAAACAAAGUAGAAUCGUUGUGUAAUUUUAUCAAAGUUUUCAUGUCUUAUCAAUAUGAAUUUAUUGAAUAAUUUUUCGAAAGAGGAAUCCGCGAGACGAGUGCAUAACAUCGGUUGCUGUCAUUCUGCCUCACAUCAGUUUACAAACCAUAACUCGAGGCAGUUCAGAGAUGAUGCUUAUCCAUCUGGAGUCAGAAGUGUGCCUCACGAAAUUGAAACCGAAAUUGAAGAGCUAUUCAAAAAAGGUAAAGACGUAUGCUUUAUAUGUGGAUAUGUCUCAGCCAACGAAUUUUUUAGUUUCCCAAGUGAUGUUGACACUCGACAGCAGUGGGCUACCUUCUGCGACUUAGCUUUUGACAUGGUAAAGCCGCAUUUUCGCCUUUGUGACAGACACUUUAAACCUCACGAUUAUCGAAUCUCAAUUCAACGUAAAUUAUUGAUACCGACGAGUGUUCCAACAUUGCAACCAAACGUGAAAUAUGGCUGCGCACCUUCAAUUAAUAACAGUUUACAAUCUAGUCUAAAUUCCAACAACAUUUUCAACCCAACGCUGGAUAAAAAUACAUCGAAAAAUGCGAUAUACAGCCCUAUCUUCCAAAGUAAUACUACCACCGUUGCUUCAAAUAAGCAAUUCCGCAGGAAUUUUAGAGACAUCGCGAGUAAUUAUGACGAUGACGUUCCUCCCAAGGCAAAAAAAUUGGCGUUGAAGAGAAAACUCAAAGUUAAACAGAGCCAACAGCAAACAAAAUGUUUUCGAUCUGAAAUUUUCAGAUUGAGAACAAGAUGUUCUAGUCUCGAAGAUAGUAUAGCGGAAUUGAGAAAAAGAAUCGAACGAUUGGACGAGAAAUGCUUUGCAGAAAGUGACAAGCGAAGAUUGACGAUUUACUCUUCAGAAAAACCGGAGGAAAGCUCUCAUAUUACGGAGGCACACUUUGUGGACACUGCCGUAAAUGGAGUUAGUUUGACUACCUUAUUGCCAAAAAAGUCGAGCGAUGAUCCUCGUAAUACAAUGACGCAACUAUCUAGGCAGCACUCUGAAAAAAAUGCAACUGCAAGCACAGAAAUUGCCGAAAGUAUUACAGAAGUUACUUGUAACUCAAAUUUGACCACGUUUUCCGAAGUAGAGUGUAGCGACGUUCUUUCAAACGUAUACGCGUCAUGGUUGAAAGAUCAUUCAAAAAAAGCUGCUGACGAAGAUGGUUACUCUACAGAUUCGAGUAUGCCUCCACUAGAAAUAUCGAGCGAUGAACUUCACACUUCGGAGGAACCACUUGAAAAAUUUUCUAAAGAAGGUGGCAGUAGAUACUCAGCACAAGCUUCGCUCGUUGAAUUUAUUGAAAAGGUUACUGAAGAUUAUCGCUCUGCAGGGUCGUUUAUUCUUCCGCCAGAAACAUCGAGGUACAGUCAGCAUAAUUCAGAGGAGCAACUUGAACAAUUUCCUGAUGAAGUUGCGCUCGUUGUAGAAACUGCUCAAAAUAUUAUCGAAGAUGUUGGUAACACAAAUCUGAGUAUCUUCUUGAGAGAAAAGUCAAACGACAGUCGCGAUACGGAUACAACACCUGAACAAUAUUCUGAAGGAGAAGCAUAUGUGGAACAUGUUGACGAAGAUGAUCAAUUUCCAAAUUUGACCGCCGUCUCCCCACAAAAAUUGAGUGACAACAGCCCUUGUAACGCGGAAGCGCAGUCUCAACAACGUUCUGAAGAGGUAGAUCUGGCCUCAGAAGAUUUACGGAACUGUUUCUCUGAUCCGAUGAAAGCGACCGAUUAUGUGUUCUUCAACGUAGUACUCGACGACAACGAGGUUGUCACUGGUAUUAGUCCUCAAAUCAACCAUCAAUUACGUAGGAAUGAUACCGCUACCAAUUUAAAUAAUGAACAAUUCGAUAAAGCACACGUUGGGCAAAAACUGCGAAUGGAACAAGUGCAAGUGACAACCCAACAACCAAACUGUAAUGAUGAGCUAAAUGUGUGUCAGCGCAAUGGACAGGCCUCUCCUUCAGCAGGGUGCUCAAAACGCCGAAAAAAUGGCGAUGAGUGCCGGCGGAUUACUCGCUCUGCCAAAAAGAAAAAAGAACUUCCUAGCGUAGAUACAUCGAUACAAAUAACCGCGGACACUGCUCCAAAAAAAGUAAAAAGAGUAUUGACGCGAGAUUCGCCUCCAUACCGUUGCAAUAUUUGUGAUAAAACAUUUUCCAAGAAACGUUAUUGCAUGAGACACCAGCGAGAUCAUGUGAAGCUGUUGCGCUGCCAAAAGUGUGAAAAAUCGUUUGCUAGAAAAUCCAACCUGAUUCAACAUGAAGCAACUCAUAGUGAAAAGAGACCAUACGAAUGCGGUUUUUGUGACUCACGAUUCAAACACAAUCGCAAUAAAUUACAACAUGAACGAUAUAUGCAUACGGAAGUCGCAUGUUUUGAGUGUGCUGUUUGCGGGAAAAAGUUCAACUUCAGAGAAUCUAUCAUUCAGCACGUGCGAGUACAUUCUGGUCAAAAACCGUUUCGUUGCCGAACCUGUGACACAAGAUUUUCGUUCAAGGACCAACUUGUUGUUCAUGAAAGGGCACAUAGUAAAGAAAAAAAAUUCAAAUGCCGCAUAUGCAAGCGGCUGUUCAAAUUCCAAUGCAGUAAGAUAACGCACGAACGUUCACAUGCGGAGGGCCCUCGUUUUGAAUGCGCCGUAUGUGGCAAGAAAUAUCGCCAGAAACGGGGUCUAGCCAAUCACAUAUCAUCUAAUUGCAGUUAGAUUUCUUUAGUUAAUAAUCUAAAUGUGUGCAGAUUCGAAUUUGAGUUUUCUUUGUGUUUUUGAGUUCCUACUUACCCAUGGCAAAAGAGUCAAAAUGUUUACAAAUUUUUUGUGUUGUAGUGGUUGAUGAUAUACCUACGCGUUUUUAUUUUAGUAGGCAUAAAACUUAUUUUUAUUCAUUUU